CUCGUCGCUAGCUGCUUCCUGCUUGAAUGUUGCUGUGUCCGCUUGUGAUAUGAUGCGAGCCGUCGACGUCCCGGCCAAGUUUGGUAAGUACCUGUUAGUGGCCAACGCAGCAGCGGUGAUUAGGUAGGAACAACGCCAGGCUUAGCCAGGCGGUGUCGUGGCCACCAGCAUUGGAAAAUUGCCGCUCAUCUGGUAGUAUUGCUGAGCCCAACUGCGACUACCAGCUAGCUGGAUCGACACUAGGAGGCAGCCGAAUCAGUUUAAGUACACCUCAGACGGUCAGCAGCCAGCAAGGUUCUUCAAGUCCGCACUGACACAGUUCGUCGUAGGCUGGCGCAAAGCACAUGGCUGCCCAACUUGAACCCUCGCCUUCUCACAAGAUCGGUGAUGCUGACCACUUUCCGCAUGAUCAAAGCCAAAAUGGGAAUUCUCUCCAGCCAGUACAGCAUGGACAAAUUGAUCAGGAACAGCACCACCGCCAACAUCAUCAGCAGGAGGAGGAGCAAUUGCAGCAAGACCAACAGAUGUGGCAGGAGGAGGAACAAUGGCAGCAAGACCAACAAACGUGGCAGGAGGAGCACUUGCAGCAAGAAGAACAAGAACUUCAAGAUUACUCCAGUCCUCUAGCAGAAUAUGAUCAGCAGGAUGCAGAUAUGAACACAUCAGUACCAGCUGAUCAAGGGCUGACCUCAUCAUCAUCUCCACCGCCGGGUCCAGGAGAUUAUGAAGCAAGCCAGGAGUUGGAAUAUAGCAGUGACUCAAUGAGCAAUGAGUGGCAGGACAUCAGUGAUCCAGAGGACUUGAUGUUGUCACGGGUUGAAUCUUUGCGUGACCGUCGGAAAGCACCCAGAGGAUCUCACCACACACAGUACAUUGAAAAGCGCCCGGCAAGUCCCAAAUUAGAUAUUGCUGCCACGCAAAUUACACCUGGCCCGGCAUCGUAUACCCUACCAUCUUUGUUAGGCACUAAAAACCACACAGUUAAUAAACACCAGCUACCAGCUUAUUCCUUUGCCAGAAACCCGAAGAUACCAAAGUCCCAGUUUGACAGGGGCAAUGUCAGGAAUCUUGGCACGAGGGCAAAACAUCCUGGACCCAAGUACAAACCAGGCGCAACAAUAACUAGGACUGGUGACUCAAAGGGGCCAGCAUUCAGUCUUGCCAAGCGAUGUAUGCCAGAUCCAUAUCGCCAUCGGGAUGCCUGGCCCAGGCGAUUACCAUGCAGGAAUUGAAGAUAGAGGUCCUAAGUACUCCAUGCGUCAUUGUACAAAGAUACCAGAAUUUAAAUUUGAAGCGCCUGGCCCGGCAGGCUACAAGUUGCCUGAUCUGAUUGGACAUAAGAUUACCAACAUUACUUCAGCACCCCGAGUGGCAAUCCUGGGUAACCGAAAACAUCACUGCUGUGAUGGGGAAAAAGAGGGCCCUGGUCCAGGAAGGUAUGGCCUACCACCUCUCAACACAUACAAGAAUAAAGAUCCUGCUGGCUACAGCAUGAAGAUUUCCAACAGCUACUCACGUAAUCUUAAUGCCAAGCAAAGGCAGCAAGGUCCUGGACCAGCUGCAUAUCACACAGGAUCUGUGAAGGAGCAAGCUAGCGGACCGACGUGCGGUAUCAAGCAUUCAGUGCAUUGCAACAAGUACAAGGCACUAACAAAAAACAAAUUUUCAGACUUUUGAUAUUUGAAAUGCAGCAGUGCAGCAGUGCAGCCCUGUCAAGAAUCGCCAUGAUACACUAAUCACACAACGGAUGAAGAAACAGCUGGUGGUGUUCGCAGCUCCAGCCGGUGAAAUCUCUGCCGAAGGAGUUGAUUGCGCCAAUUGCAGGCGACAACGUUUGCCUGGGGUGAUUCUUCUGGCACAGUUAAGUGUUGUCUUUACCAGGAAUUCAUAAUUAUAGUUUUGCCAUUGUACUUGUUCACAAAACAUCAAUGGCUUUUAGAAGGCACCCAGGCCGAACAAUUCGUCCACCCUCUGUUGUGGAGCUGUAUACCUACUGUUGUCUAGCUGCCUGUAUAUCUACUUAUAAUUAUACAUGUAUGA